AUGGAGACCCCUGCAUAUCCAUCAAAGCAGCUGCCGGAUGCACACAUGAUCAAACCCAAAGUAGAGCCUUAUAUGUCGCUGUUACUGUCUCCAGAUGCCAGCGAGGAUUGUGAGACCACCCCACUCUCCUGCAACCACCCCUUCUUCACCCUCAUUCUGUCAAGAUCUCAUGUUCAGAAGCCGUUUCAGCUGUACAUUCCAGGUCGCUUCCGCAAGCACCUCCCGGAGGAGCGCACUUCCGCCACCCUCAUCUGCCAUGGGAGGUCAUGGGCCAUGCGCUACUGUGGUGACUUGAAGACGAAAAGGCUGGAUGCAGAUUGGAUGGAAUUCGCUGUCGAGAACCGGCUGCAGGUCAACGAUGCAUGUGUCUUCGAGCUUGUGACUGGCACCAGAGAGGAGGUGGUGUUCCAGGUGCAGAUACUCCGCGGCGGCCUGCCGAAGGAUAUCACCUCUAAAGGUUACACCGCCGACAAGCCUCUGGUCAUUGUGGAUUAG